CUUAGUACUUCUAUUCUAGUAUAUUAUAUUUUAGUUGUGGUAAUAAAAGCUAAUGAGUGCCUCUUUGUUGAAGGUAUGACCGUAGUAACGAACUCAAUCGUGAGUCAGAACGCUGCAUUGAAUUACACGUGGAAGGUAUUUUGAUGGAUGAUGACUGAGAUCAUCGUCAGUUUGCCAACACCGAACGGAAAACCAAGAACAAUAGAUCUAUUCAGGCCUUUUUGGUUGGUGAUGACAAUGGCGCAAUUACGGCACCUGACGAUCUAGAAAAUAAACGACAAACGAAGGAAACAAGUCUAGAACCCCACGAUGAUCGGAGCUAAUACCAUUCUCAACUUCUUCGCAGCAUUCCUUUUGCUUUGCGGAGGUGAUGCGUUCAGGUUAGUUUUCUUUGUAUUUGGUUGUCCAUAGGUGCUAUGUCGACGAAAUAAUAUCUCUGUGCUCUCAACAAAUAUUUUUGAAAUCAAUCUUUACGUGUUUGAWCCUGCUCGAUGCUCGACUGCUGGAUCUGUUUCUAUUCGAAAUUCUUCCACUCUGCUUGGUUUUCAGCACAAACUACCAACAGAACCAUGGUAUCAGAGUGGGUGGAUCAUCGCCAUUCCCGAAGGGCCAGUUUGUUCCUACCCUCAAGAGUCGAGAUUUCCAGAAGUCAACGAAACUCAAGGCCCUAGAUGUGGCAUCCCUAUCGGGCGGAGCCGUUACCGCAUAUUCCUCGGCCAACGGCCUUCUGGCGUCCCUGACYGARACCGGAUUUUACCAAGCGUUUUCCUUGGUCUUUGUUAGUGAAAUUGGUGAUAAGACCUUUUUCAUGGCCGGUUUGCUCGCAAUGAAAACCUCGAAGUUCAUCAGUUUUUUGGGAUCCAUGGGUGCCCUCUUCGUCAUGACAAUCAUUUCCGUUCUUAUUGGCCAAACAUUUCAUGUCGUUCCGGCUGGUUUUGGUGAGGGCUUCCUUGGUGGUCUUCCACUCGACGAUGUCGCCGCUGUCUUGGCCUUCGCCUUUUUUGGUUUCAAGACCCUACAGGAAGCUCUCACAAUGGAAGAGGGAGAAAGUGUUAUGGACGAAGAAUUCGCGGAAGCAGAAGAGGAAGUAGAAGCAAGCGACACAACCAAGCAGGGCACGAUAAUGUACGUAUCAUACGGCAUUCAGUUGUAUGGUUUCAAUUAUCUCAUGCUGCUAAAAAUUGAAAAUGCUUUCUAACCUUUGAUCCAACAUCUAUUUGAUUUCUUCUUUUUUGGGUACCGGGUAUCUCAUUACUACUAAUCGUAUUUUUGUACAAAAAAUGUACUAAAUCAAAUAAAUCGUUUCGGUUUUUGUCUCGUUGCGGAUMAAAACGAUUUUUAAUGAUCGAAACAAWCAAAUAACAAUCAACACACCAACACYGAWAAUAAAUCCAAACAGCGCACGCAUCCUAAGCAUUUUUGGUUUGGUCUUCGCGGCAGAAUUCGGAGAUCGAUCCUUUUUGUCUACCAUUGCCCUUUCGGCGGCACAAAAUCCAUUUAGCGUCGGCGCGGGUGCGAUCGCCGCCCACGCAAUAGCAACUGGAAUUGCUGUUUCUGGCGGUGCCGUCUUGGCCAAGUACCUAUCCGAAAGGGUCAUYGGCAUUAUCGGCGGAGCUUUAUUCAUAGUAUUUGCUAUCACCACGGCUUUGGGUAUCUUUUAAGAACGCCAUGAAGAAAGGAAACACAAAACAGCUGUUUCCAUCCUACCUUUUGAAAUAUGAACUUCUUUGCAYUCAAUGGAAGUCACUCCGAUAGCGAUAGAAAUUCCAUGGCGCAGACACCGAGAACGUUUUGUCCUGUUCGAAGGCACUAUGCAAAACAACUUUUCUUUGGUGAAUGUUUAAAAUAGAUYAAAAUAGAUCAC